AUGUCUCCGUCACGCAGCCCUGAUUCAAGCUUCCGAGAGGCUGGCUCGCGUCCCCGCCCGGCACUCCCCCAGCCCACCCGAGGACGUGGGUGCCGCCGGCCCGGGGGUGGCUCGGAGGGCAGGGCGGGAGGGUCGGCCGGUGGGCGGCGCCUCUCCAGGCCCGAGGCUGCUCGGGGCCGACGCCGCCCUCGGCCUCUCGCCGUCCCUCCCUCCUGCACGCCGGCGCCUCGAGGCUGCGCUUCCUGCGUCCCCAUCCCGGUCCCGGCGCGGGCGGUGCGCCCUCUCCGCCACCGCCUCGCUGGGUCGGGACUCCCCGAGCCCUGGGAUCACAGCGCCCCGGAAGAGGCAGCCCGAGGGGACGGGGUCGUGGAGCCCCCGGUCCCCGGUAGUGCGACCGUGACCGAGCUGGCCCCGCAGCCGCCCGGACCUCUCGGCCGCAGCCGUCCACACAGGAUGCCUCGAACUUGCCCGAAGCCAUCCCUCGAGAGCUCAGCCGCUGUUUCUUUGGGGUGGCCCUAGGGAUUUUGUGCAGGGCGUGGAGCG